CUCUAAAACCAUAAGGACUAAUGUUUUGGUGUGAGAGAGAGUAGUGACUAAUGCACUAAAUCAGGAAGAAUGAAGAUAUCAACGAUUUACGCAACCUAUUAGCGUCUGACGUUUGUUGCCUUUUUGUAUGGAUGGUCGUCGGACAUUAUAGGAUUCGCGGACGAAGAUGGUAUUAAGCGCGUGACCACAUGACGAUGUACCACAUGGCAUUGCCUCCCCAUAUGGGGGGUCCCCAUCCCCCUACUGUACACUCCCCCCUCUUUUCAUCUCCCAUCCUACCCCCUACUAUGGCCCAUAACUAUGGGAUGCAUGCAUUUCCACCAACUCAUUUGCCCCAUCCACCCCACUCAACCCAUCAAAGUCAUGCUGCCCAUCAAAACUUGUCUGGCCAUUCAGGAGCAGCCACUGCAGCUGGUACCUCGGGGCCUGUUGGUUCUGGAAAUUCAGCAAUGCUUACCCAUCCCUCACCUAUGUUAUCACAGCCUUCUCCAAUUUACCCUACACAAACAUCAGUGUACGUGAAUCCAUACCUUAGUCCUCAAAUUCCUAUUGCGCAUGCCCAUACCCACUCUCAUCCAUCUCAUCAACAUCCCUCCAGUAUUGGGUAUGGCAUGCCCACUGGUAUGGGAGGGCCACCUGGGAUGAUGCCUCCUCAGCAGCCCAGUGGGCAAGGGGUUGGUGCUGGUGGGCUUUCGUCGGGGCCCGUUAUGUCAGUAGAUGAAGAAUUGAUGGACGAAAUGAACACACUGCACUUGGGCUAUAUUGAAACUGAAGAUAAUACCUCAAAGAUGGAGCAACGAGUGAAGUUGGAACGAGUCAUCAUGGAUUACUUGGCUAUCACACCCCAUAAUCAUAAGUUUAUGUUUCAUCAAAUAUCUGAUGUUUUGGAGAAGAGUAUCAGCACAAUCAGUGAUUUUAGUGCUUACAGUGCUGCAUGUGCAUUUGAUGCUCUGGCCCAGUAUGCAGCUAACCUCAUAGCACAGCCUUGGAGGAAGGAAUAUCGAGAAGUCAAACUAUACAGUGGCUUUUGGGUGCAUCAAGUUGCACGUCAUCUUAGUGGAGCUGAAAAUGUGCUGUCAUUAAUGGGUUAUACUCCAAGGGCUAGUCAUCCUGCUGAAAGUGGGGACAGUAGUGAUCCAGCUUGCUUAGCAUUAGAAGGUGUCCUGGAUCCAGACCUCAUCUCACGCCUUGCCCUCGAUUGUCUGAUUGCUUAUUGCGAGUGUCAGGUACUCAAAAAGAUUAGUGAAGGAGUGCGUGAAUUUGGUCUUACCUGGAGGCAAAUUCUUCAGUUUCGGCAGUUGCAUGUUGGAGGAGUAGAUGUAACGGUGCGCCAUUUGCUGUUUACCUUACGGCAACGUCUGCAGCCACAGAUUCAGUCAGAAUCCAGUCCAAGACAGUCAACAUCUUCAACUGGGCCACCAUUACCAGUCCGUCAGUCAUCUACAGGUGGAGCUUCCACUUCUCCAGUGUCAAUGCCAGCAUCUCAUCAUCCCAUUUCAACACCUCAUCAAGUCCAGGAAAAAUCCAAUAGUGAACAGCAUUCUUGUGGAGUUGAUGGCAACGUUGGCGAUCGGAACAGUUAUCACCAUCACCACCACUUCCACCAUCCCCAUCACCACACUAAUGGCCAUGUAUCUCAGCAUCCCAGCAUAACUGUAGGCCCUUCCCACAACCCUGUGACAGCAUCUCAGUCAUCAGGACCACAGGCAGCCCCACCUCUGUCAUAUUCUCGCAGUGCUGAUACACCAGACACAGAACAAACCUUUGGUCUCAACAUAAGGGGAAAAUUCCUUAGUCCCUGCUGGAGUCCAGUUGAAAAAAAGUACUACAAAGAUUUUGGUGGCAAUGGGAGUCAGCCAAUAGUUGUGUGGGAGGAGGGCUCAGCCCGACCUGCUUCAUCCCAGCUACAUGGUAAAAGUGUGAGUAGUUUGGGCUUGGGUGCACCUGCCGGGCAGGUACCCACAGCCAAACUCAUUGAUUUGGACUCCUCCCUUGAAGCACUACCAUCCCCUAGAACAUCCCAAAUGCUUCCAAAGGUCAUCCCACAUAAACGCAGCUCUAAGUCAUCUGGGAGUCGCCCUUUACCGCCUUUAGAUACUGCUGAGCCUUGCCCACCUCCACCACCACCACCAGAAGUAUUCCAAGCUGGCACCUUAGAUGAGCAUUUGGAAGCAACUCUUUCAAUUGUGAAAGAUCCUAACAGGAAUUCUUCUAUUCAGAUGACCCCUAAUGAGCAAGGUUCCAGUUCAUGGGAGACUUGGGAUUUUGUGUAUCGGGGCUUGGAAAAGAGGGGUUACAAUAAGGACAUAGGUGAUCGUGGAGACAUUCUCCAUCAGAUGACAAGGCAGAACUUGUAUUCAGAGGCUGUUUCAGGAAAGAACAAUAAAAAGGAAGGCGGGAAAAUUAAUAAACCAUUGACAAUCAAUCAAGCAUUACAAGCAUUAGUCCUGAAUGAUAACAGGGAAAGAGUAGAGAGACCAUCAAGCUCUAGCAAAAGCUCUCAUUCAUUGUCUCAUGGUGCUGGCCCUGAUGUCUUCCCAAACCUCACUAAACGGAACAGCCUAUAUGAUAAUAUAUCUGCUGGAUUUGAGACAGCACCUCAAGAUAGUGAUGAUUAUGAGGACCGAAAGCCAGUAUUGAAGAAGACAAGUAACUUGUUGAGAAAUGAUAAUCGAUUAGAUUAUGCAAACAAGAACAAUAUCAGUAACUCGUCCUCACCUCGAAGUAUGAGUAUAAGCAGCAAAAGCACCCACUCACGGCAAGAACUACCAUCGGAGACCUCACGCUCCACUACAACUGCUCUAACUUUACAGCAGGCAAGUAUUACCACAAGCACUCCUCAGUCAAAAGAAAUGCAGCCCUCUCGAGAUGACAGUCUACAGAGUCCGUGGUCCUGCACAACAUGUACUUUCCUUAAUGAUAAGGGCCGCUCUGCCUGUGACAUGUGCGGCAAGUCUCGCGUCCCAGGACCAGAAGCAACACCCCUCAUAUCGGGGGGCCGUCAGUGUCCUCAGUGUACCCUCAUAAAUGAGAGAGAUGCUCAAGACUGCUCUGCAUGUGGUGUACAUUUGGAAGGAUCCUCUACUUACAUUUAAGAAGGUGUAUGUGGAUAAUAUGCUAAAGAAAUAAUGACAGCCAAAGCAAUCAUCAUGUAGUUUCCAGUCAGAUAUGAAAUACUGAAUUUGCCAAAUCACCACUGUUUACCUAAAAUUAAAGUGCAGUAUGAGAAGUUAACCUUCGUGUUUAUCAUCUUGUUCAGUAUUAUAAUACCUAACAAAUCUACCAGAUGGUGAGGUAUGAAGAUUAAGAAUUGUAUUCCUUUAGUGCAAGAUAAAAUUUUUGCUCUGUAAGUAAUCCUUUGCAUUUAUUUUGCUUGUUAUGUACUGGAUAAAUAAUGAUAACAUGUCAAAACUGAUAAGUAAACAUGCAUUACACAGAUGAUGCUUAUAGGUAGGUUGGGGUAUUACUAUCACAAAGGAUAGUGAUAAUAUUUUGUUAUUUUUGGCAUGGAAUAGAAAGCAGCAGUAGUAUUCCUUCUAAACAUGUAAUAAUUUGUUAUCAUUUUUCAAGCUUAAAGGCCAGCUAGAGAGUUUGAAGAGUUUUCCAAUGAUUGAUUAGCAUAAUUUUGUACACAUUUGAAAUGGCAAUAUUGCAUUCUUUUUCAUAUACUGGAGUUCGUUGUAGCAGUUGGAAUGUAUAAAAAUUGCUUGUUUGUGGAGUGCAUAAGGAUCUGUUUUGUUUUGGUAUGAAUGUGAGUAUUAAUGUAAUGUAUAGAGAGCUGUUGAUUCAUGGAAUGUGCAAGGAAUGUUUGAAAUCUCCAAGUUAUAGUUGUACGAUGACAUAUCUAAAUCUUGAGAUGUUGAAAAGGAUGUCUUCUGAGUGCUACUUCAAAUAUGUAUAUUAAACUUUAACCUAAUUGUUUAAAGGUUUUUUUUACUAUUCAGCCUGAUAUUUGAUGUGUUGUUGCAGAAUCUUUUUGGUACUACACACCAACAGUGAUUGUGAAAUGGCUGUCAGUGUAAUGGAAUGUUUUGUCAAAAUGUAUCAAGCAUCAUACAUGAUAGGAUGUGAAAUGCACUUACCCAUUAAUGAUAAGGCUUUAUUUUCUGCACAUUUUCUGUACAAAUGUCAACAGUCUUCCUGAAAGUGAGUACUGAAUCCCUUCUUUUUUAUUGAGAUUUUGCUGAUACUUAAAGGGAAUGUAUAUGUUGAGACCAUCUGUCAUAAACAUAAGGCACAGUUAUGUAACUGGUUGGUUUCUGGAGAUUUGCUAGGUAUUUCUAGUUUUCUGAACUUUUAAAAGCAAUUUUUUUAAACUAUGCAGCUAUUGCUUAUCCUCGUAAGUUCCUCAUUAUAGAUUGUGCAUAAUGGGUUUGAUUUCACACCUAAAGGACUUUUGAAUGUUUAUUUUGGCCUAGAAAUGUGUAGUUCAGUACAGUACAGCAUAUAGUUUUUUAUUGUGAUAUUUAUUUUCCUUUGUAGCAUUUCCCGUUUUGACUGAUUACAGGCAGUCCCCAGUUUACAGUGGGGAUUCCAUUCGUGAGACAUGUCGUAAGCCGAAAAUCAUUGUAAGCCUGAACAUCAUCAAAAAUCCAAAGAAAACCUUACUUUUAAUGCUUUCGGUGUAUUAAAACUAUGCAAACUGCAUUUUUAUUGCAUUUUUCAUAAAGAAAACCUUCAAAUAUUGAUUAUUUUGCCUUUUUGUAGUCUUAUUUCUUCCGUCAGAUCGGUGUUAGAACCCUGGAACAUGCGUCGUAAACCUGGAAAUAAUGUCUGAAUAAAAUCGAAAAGCGGCGUAACUUCAGAAUGCCGUAAGCUGAAACUGUCAUAAGGCGGGGACUGCCUGUACAUUUUGUAUUUCUUUUCUUUUGCUCUACUCAAGUCAUUUUAUCGUAGAUUUUAUUUUUUACUCGUCAUAUAUUUCACUACCUUCUUAAAGGGCAUUUUGCACAAUUCUUCAUUUGUUGGUUUUGUUACAACUUUAUCAUUAUUAUUAGGGAAUUUUCCCAGCAAUAUUGCACCUAGACCAGUCUUGCUCCUCUUUUGAUGUAUUUAUUCUGUCUACUACUCAUGUUGAAAAACUGUCUCAUGUCUUCAACCCAUUUUCAUUUUUAUACUAUUCCUUUUUGAGGAAAGUUAGAAGUGUAUAUUAAGUGGACGUGUAAUGCUUUCAUUUAGCCUUCAUCUAGACUUUUCAUAUGUGUAUGAGCUGUUUUUUAGUACAUCUCUGAUAUGUAAUAGUAUUAGUUAAAUUCUAUAAUAGUAAUAGUAAAACUGAUACCAUUUCUUUUUUUUUUGCCUGUCAUGCAAGUCCCCAUUGGUUUUGAAAUUAAUCAUGCUUUUUUUCUGUUGGUGGUUUGCUUUAUUCUUGGAAAAAUAUGUGAUGUAGCAUGUUCUUACAUUUAUUCACACCACAGUACUUUACUCCUUCUCAGUAUAAAUGUAUUGUGUAUCAUUCACAUUUUUCAACAUGGGUGAAAUAUUGGAAAGUUCCUAGGGUUAAAGGAUUGGUGGUCCAGCUUUUGCAAUAUUAAGUAUUUUAAUUAUUUUUGAUUUCCAAGCUCAUCUAGUGGUGUUGAAGGUGCCCAAAUUUCAUCCUAAUUAGUCAGGACAACAAUUGGCUGGAGAUGGGUAAAACUGCCUCUGCACUUCAUAUACAAGUACCUACCACCAAGGCAUAUAACACUGCUCACACCUUAGCAUUUGCAAUUACACAAUUGUAUUUUUUUCCUUACAAUUGUCUUUUUUUUCUUUAUCUCCUAGUUAGGGGAACUUUAUUGUUUGUCCUGCUGAACAAUUUGCUUAUGGUAAUGGCACUUAGAAGGCUGGUUGUGUUAUCCAUAAAAACAAAAAUCCUCCAAAAUUAGCUUUUAAAUAUUUUAUAAGCCCUUGAAAUCUCUGCUUUUAGUAAGGUACACUAAAACUGGCCUUAUUUUCAUUUUGUUACUAUUAUUAAUAUACUUUAUUAUAUGAAAUUUCUGAUUGAUCUGUCAAUCUUUCAUACAAAUAAUACAGUAGUAUGUUUUCUACAAUUUUCUGAGGUUAGUAAACUAACUAAAACUGGAAUUUGGUCCUCAAACCAGUGUCAUUCAAAUUGCACACAGCGCCUCAGUGGCGUGAUUGGUAUGGUGUUGGCAUCCCACCUCAAUGAUCGCGAGUUUGAUUCUUGGCCAUUCCAUUGAGGAGUAAGGGAUGUGUAUUUCUGGUGAUAGAAGUUCACUCUCAACGUCACGUAAAGCCAUAGGUCCCGUUGCUGAAUAACCACUGGUUCCAUGCAACAUAAAAAUGCCAUACAAACAAACAAACAAAUUGGACACCUUUACUUUGCAGAAGCACAAUAAAAAUGAUUGUCUGUAAUAUAAACAAAAUUAAGUACUGUAAUUGUUUUUCUGUAUACAGUAUUAUGUAAGGAUAUUGGUCCUUUAGGUGAAUAAUGCCAUGUAUAGUCUUCUACACUUACAACUUUAUUGUCCUAGAAUCAGUGAGUUUACCUUAAGGAAAAAAGCUUUAAAGGAGUGUUGUUUUUUAAUUAUUGUUAUUAUUAAUUAAUGAAUCAACUAACUGUUAUCCUUGGAGAUUGAUGUGUGAGUGCAUAUAUUGUGUUUUUGUGGCGUAGUGAUGGACGAAAAUUGUUGAUUUACUGGUAUAGGUUGUGCCAGUGUAUUUAUAACUGCACUAUCACCCUGUUAAUGGAAGUCCUCCCUGGGUAUUGAUAGAUGUUCAAUAAAUAUUUUUCUAUAUAAUAGGAAAGGGUACAGAAGUAUUGUAGUUAACUAGAUGGGGCUUAAAAUUUUUGUCUACUCUGGUUUCUUUAAAUUUUGCAUCACAGGCAUAGUUUUGUAGUGAUUAUGGCUGGAAUAAUGCUAUUCUGCAUUUCAUUUAGGAUGUGAAAUGUGUUUAUCAUCACCUUUAUGUAAUGGUAUGAAAUAAAUAUAUUUAAGAUGCAGUGAACCAUAACUCUUCAGAUGAUCAUAGGUUAUAUUUUGCUGCCUAGAAGGGUUCUUUACUUGCCGUUGAUACAAAUGAGUGAGUGAGUGAGUGGCCUUUCUGUUAUUAUUUAUGGUAUAAAUGUGAAUUAUCAUAUAUCAUCAACGCAAUAAGAAGUAUAGAAAUGAACACCUCAUCCUGCAGGGUUGCAAAUGUCCAUGGCACAGCAUAGCACUGUUGUUCAGAAAGCAGAGGUUUAUAUGAUGGCGGGUCGCAACGUAGUCCUGAUAGAGAGGGAAGGGGUCAAUUGGUACUUGGCUUCUCCAUCAACAUGCCUCUUGUCUCAUUUUUAUCUGUUGGCCAGUCUAAUGAUUUGGUUUUUUAUAGCAGUGGCAAGUGAUGUACAUUUUGGUACAAUGAUGCAUAUCGAACAGUUCUGCGUAGUUGUACUUUUGUUAUUUAUAAGAAUAGAUGUAUUUCUCCAAUUUUCCCCACUGUAGGAUUCUAUUCCCUGAAGCUGAUUGAGAAAAUGAUAAUUGAUGUUAUUUGGUUGUGUUUCUGUGAUGUACUGAGGGUCUAAUAAAGAUUGGAGAUGUUCUCCAAUUUCUGUGUGCAAUUGAAACACAAUUGUUGAUCAGGAAGUCACAUCCUUCUGAACAUUAAAGUGUUUGUGUUGAAAUAUCUGAAGCUAGUAGCCAAGGUUCCCAACAUUUUAUUCUAUAUUUUCAUAACCAUGAUUUGGGAAAUAUUAUUUUGAGCCUGAUCUUGUGUCCUUGAUAUUCAUGCUUUGAAAAUUAUGAAUAGUUUCUUUGCAUGUUAUUUCAAGAAUGAUGAUUCAUAAUGAUAAAUAGUAAUAAUUCUCACAGGUAUCUCACUGCUUUGCCCUGAAUUCAGUAAGAAUAUAUAUAACAUUUCCAUAUUAAGAUGAUUUCCAAUGUAUAAUUGAAGCUUCACACUGAAAAUUGGUAAUCGUUUGGUCCAGAUUAUAAGAAUAUAUGCAACAUGUCUUCAUAAAAUUUCCAUUUUUAUCUGCAUCACGGUUGAGUAAAAAAAAAAAUAUAUAUAUAUGAAUGUUUGAUGUGUUCUGUAUUGAUUUUGUGACCAUUGGGUCAGUUUGGGGUGUACAACAUUCUCAAAAAGGUAAAGUUUUAUUUUGUUGGAUAGAGUAUAGUGUUUCCCAUUUGUGCUCCUUUGCGAGCUGAAUAAGUUUGUUGACAAAGUAAGGCAAUUUUGAUUUACAAUAUUCUUGACAGUAAAGAAUAAAGUGCGUUUUGUGUUCAUACGAUUUUAGUGCUGACUUAGAAAUUUUUUUCUUUUGAGAUUAGUUCUUGUUUCACUUACGCAAAGUGAAAAUUGCUUCUCAGCUAAACCAUGAAAUGAAGACGACCACCAGAGAAACCUUAAGGUCUAAGAUAUAUGAGGCGUCCAGCGCUAAAACCCACACUCGCCACAUUUUAAAAAACGGAGAAAAAGGCCUUUAAAUGUGUACAUUUAAAAAGACCAUAACUAUUUUAUUUUUCAAGAUAUUUUCUUCAGGUUUGAAUUUUUGGAAUGUUUAAGACCCCAAAAAUAUGAUGUUAUAUAUGAACAAAAAAUUAGACUGUGCACAAUUUGAUUGACUGAUUGAUUGUAUGAUUGAUUGUACAAUUGAUGAGCAAAAUUAAUGCUGAAAUUUACUAAAGUACAGAUCGUAUAAUGCAGAAUUGAACCAUAUUCUCAUCAUCAAAAUAUACACUCACUUACACCAUUCGAAAGAGGAAAGAAGGGGGAUUCCAGAUGUACAAUAAAAUGCAUUUUUCAAAUUUGUGGCGAGUGUGGGUUUUAGCACUGGACGCCUCAUAUUAUGGGGCUUUCUUUUAUGCCUUUUAGUCUUCAGUAUUGGUUCUGAAUUUAAAAUUUUUAUAUAAUUCAAUCACUCACUUUUUUGGUACAUUUUAAUUAGCUCUUUAUUGCAUGCACUGUUACUCUGCAUAUAGUUUAUUUGUCAACCUAUAAAGAUAAUGGACUUUUGACAUUUUUGAGUAUUAAUACAAAAUCAUUUUGAGUGCAUUAUAGAUCUGGGCAUAGCCAGAGAUUAUCACAUAUAAGGCCUAAGGCUGUGGGGCAGUACAACAAAGAUGAAGUUAAAUUUCUAUAAGAACUAGUUCUUGUUUUAUGAAAGUUGAAGAACAAUUAUAACUUUGCUGUGAUUCUUCUGACCCCCUGUUAUAGGAGGAAUUGAUUUUGAAGUACCAAACAUUUCAUUUUUAUUCUUCCAAUGUCAGUGUAAUCAGGUAAAUGUAGUGUUUUGCAGUAGAAAUUAUUAUGACUACUGGGAGGAAUGUUUUAAGUGGUUUUGUGCAGAAUUCAUUGAAAAGUUAAUUAUUUAUUUGGGUUUUCUUCAAGGGUUGAGUUUGCCUUUCAGCCAACAAGGUUUGUUGAUUCAGCCUUUUCAGGUGACCCUACAAUGUAAUAUAGUAUGUUCAGUAUGCAUUGAUAUAUAUAAAUAUAUAUAAAUAUAUAAAUUAUAGAUAUACUGUAUGAAUACCAAGUGCCCAUAAUAAAGAUAUUAUAAUUAAAGAUA